UCAAAUAUGUGCCUUUUGGUCACAGAUAAGAGUUGUGAUGUAGAGAUACUUGAUAUUGUACAUUGAUGACAUGAUCAAGCCAUGUCAAGUAGAGAUAUUGAUGUCAUCUUAGAGUUGAAGCGUAAAAGAAAAGUUUUGAAGACUAAGACUUGUUCACUAUUAGAGCAGAAGACAAAGAUAAUGUUAGGAUGCCAAGAUUAUUGGAGAGUGGGUAAUGGUAAAGGUUGUAUAGGGGAAAAUGAGGAAUUGAUGUCUUUAAGGGAAAAUGAUGAAAUGAAGUCUCUGAAAGAUUGGGAAAAUGAUGAAUUGAGGUAUCUGAGGAAUGAAAGGCAAGAGUUGAAGGGAUAUAUGAAAGAGUGGGAAAAGAAAUUGGAUGCCUUCAUGAAAUUGGAUGCCAAAAAUGAGUUAAGCAAUCCCAUUUAGCACCAAAUUUUGUUUGUAUCAAUUGUUAUAUCUAUAGUUUAUUUGUUGAAUGUUUUAAGGUUCUAGAAAUAAUAUUGUUUUCCUUCUCUUUUAUGAAAUAUGUUAUGUGUCUAUUGCUUAGUGAAUUGUAACUAAAAGUGUAAUGAAAUAUGAAUUCAGUU